AGAGCAAAAGCCCGCCAAAAAGUCACCAGCCCAUUUCCAGGGCACCAGUCCAUCUCCCAUGGCACUAGCCCAACCCCUGGGGGCUUUAGCCUAUCCCCAGGGAGCAUGAGAAUCGUGGGUCAAGCUACCAGCCCUAGUUAAGACACGUCACACCUAGGGUAUUUAAACCACACACAUUUCUGAGCCUUCUUUGUCUACCUCAUUAUAUUGUGAAAUAAAGUAACCAUGGAAGGAUCUUUUUGUCCGUGGGUGUUUUUUGCUGGCGAAAGACAAUAGCACUGGACAAUUGGCACCAAGAAGCCCAGGGAAAAAAGCCAGAGGGGGACCCUCCGACCAAUCGGAGAAGAUACCAGAACCAUGGUGGCGGAAUUUUAGCUCAGAGAGGAAGAAGACAGCCCAUUCUGGCUGCCGGAACGACUGACACGAAGAAUUCUGACACAUGAAAAUGACUCCCGGAUGGAUCCCUUGGAAACUACCUCUAGUCCUUAUACUGCCUCUGUGGAUUUGGGUUCCUAGUAUAUUUGGAGAAUAUAGAUGAGCAAUUCUGUCUGCUUUCCCUAAGCCCAUGCCUGUUCAUCAUAAUACAGCUGUUUUUCCCAAGUUUUUUACGACCAAUAAAACUUUAGGCCUGCCAUACCUACCAUUUGACCCUAUCUGGGCACCACUGGGAGAAAAACGCUCUAUAAGGGAACGAGGUUAUCUCUGUUUCCAAAUUAAUGAAUUGGGAGAUUGUAUCAGACUCACCAGCCGAGCUUUGGGAAUGUUUAUUAAGUAUCGAGGAGGCUUGGUGAAAAUAACCCAAGACACUUCGAACAGAGAUAUAAGCCUUACAAAUCAGACCUUCUGGCAGGAGGCAAUUUGGGUUAAUGGUACAUUUCUACCACCUAACUUUUCAGACAAGGAACGUCCCAAUCAACCAAAAAUGGCUCCUUAUUGUAGCUUGGAAGAUGAAGGGCUGAUCCUGCCUUGGUCUGAUUGUCAAUCCUCCGUCACUCAUUGGGCAGAUCAGAGUAAAACCUUUUCCUUUUCUCCCAACAUGAUGGAUGACCCAGAGGAGAAAUUUGUUAUGAAAAAGGGACUUUUCCUACAGGACUUUAGAAUGCAUCCUUUUCAUAAAUGGGUACUUUGUGGGAUUAAUAGUAGCUGUAUAGAUCUUAAUCCCUUGGUUUUCCUCCAAGGAGGAGCUACUGGAAAAGCGAUUUUUAAUGGUAUUUCAAAAUUUGCUCAGUUUCAUCAAGUUCUGUUACCUGAUAGAACCAUUUAUCAAAAUUCUACUACUGAAAUCACUGGACUUAAUAAGACCCUGAUAAAGCAGACUAAUUAUUCACCUACUCCAGUUUGUGUGUACACUCCUUUCUUGUUUAUUCUUUCUAACGGUUCCUUUGAAUCCUGUACUAAUGAAAACUGCUGGAUGUCACAAUGCUGGAACCUUAAGUGGGCCAGCCGUGCUAUGCUUGCCAAGAUUCCACGAUGGGUUCCUGUCCCCGUGGAGAUCCCUUCCACCGUAACUUUACACAGGCAAAAACGAGACUUUGGUAUCACUGCAGCUGUUGUGGUGGCAAUGGCUGCCAGUGCAGUGGCAGCUACGGCUGCUGGAAUUGUUAUGACAACAUCAGUCCAGUCAAGCACAACUGUCGAGCAGUUGUCCUCCUCUGUAGCAGAGGCGAUCGAUCAACGUUCAGUGCUCAGUGCCCAAUUAAAAGGUGAGCUAAUGAUAGUGAACCAGCGCAUUGAUCUGGUGGAGGAAAGGCUGGAAAUUCUUCUCCAAUUGGCCCAGCUUGGCUGUGAUAAGAAAUCAGGAGCCUUAUGUAUUACUAGUGUCCAAUAUGAAAAUUGGACGAGUGCAGCUAAUCUAUCUAAAGAAUUGUCUUUGUUUCUUACAGGAAACUGGUCUGAAGGAUUUGAUGAAAACCUUGAGGCACUACGUGCAGCAGUGAUGACGAUCAAUUCUACGCGCGUGGACCCAUCAUUGGUUGAUGGAAUCAAAGGACUUUCUUCCUGGAUGUCCUCUGCAUUCUCACAUUUUAAGGAGUGGGUGGGAGUGGGCCUGUUUGGCACAACCCUGUGUUGUGGACUAGUGUUUAUUCUAUGGCUGGUGUGCAAACUCAGAUCUCAGCAGAGACGUGACAAGGUGGUAAUUGCUCAAGCACUUGCUGCCAUAGAGCAAGGCACCUCCCCUAAAAUCUGGUUAUCUAUGCUAAAAUGACCUCGCAAGCACUUGACUGCUCAGCUCUUGCACUCCUAGAGGCUAGUCUCAUUGCACAGGAUAGAGUGAGUAAGUUUCUGACUCUUAUGGAUUGCUGGGCUAAGCACCGCAUAGGAGUUGCUCAGAGAUUCGAGUGCUCCUAGAAGACAAGUCAAUUUGCAUGAGGGUUGAGUGUCCAAGUGUCCCUCCCCUAGGAAAAAUGGCACGGGAGAAGGUCAGGGUUACUCUGGGAAAAAACCUGUGAGCCUAAGAGCUAAUCCUGUACAUGGCCCCUAUUUCUGCACACUAAGGAGCCAAUAACCCCAUAAAUCCUAUCUUCAUCCAUUAAAGAGUAGCUUGCAUUUUAAAUUUUAUAUUAAAAAGGGGGAGAUGUGGAAAGCCGCAAUAUACGUGCGGUCACUAGAUGGUGGUAAACCUCCAUUGUGCCAAACCGAUCUCUUUGUCUAGAUCGGGCUCUUGUGCGCAUGUCCAAAGAGCAAAAGCCCGCCAAAAAGUCACCAGCCCAUUUCCGGGGCACCAGUCCAUCUCCCAGGGCACUAGUCCAACCCCUGGGGGCUUUAGCUUAUCCCCAGGGAGCAUGAGAAUCGUGGGUCAAGCUACCAGCCCUAGUUAAGACACGUCACACCUAGAGUAUUUAAACCACACACAUUUCUGAGCCUUCUUUGUCUACCUCAUUAUAUUGUGAAAUAAAGUAACCAUGGGAGGA